GUCAGCUCCCACGUCGGCGAGACAUUUCGGAAUCUAAAUGUUAUCAGAGGAAACCAGAGCAAACAUUACCGGUACCGCGACAGGGGGGCCAAUCGUCAUAUUAAUAGCUUAGCGUUUGUAGAUGGAUGUCACUCCGGCAUAUUUGAAAGGGAGGGGUCGUGGAAGAGGGCGGGGUGCAGGGGACCAGCAACAAAACAAGAACAAACAAGUUGGCAGCUCUGCUUGGAACAAUAACAGGGCUGAUGAUAAUAAAUCUGCCCAGCAUCGGUUCAAGGAAGUCAGUGAGUCCCAUCAGCAGUCAAUACAGCGCCAUCUGCAGGACAAUUGUGAUCAGUCAGACAGUUCCGAGGAGGAAGAUGACAUUGGAAACAAUGUCUUGGAAUCAAUCUUCAGUGGAUACUCAAAAAUUAUAGGUGGUGGCAGUGUUGAUGUGAACAAGGCCCAGGAUGACCUACUUCACUCGUUCCGAUCGAGCACAUCAGCUUGCCUUGUGUGUAUCGACACCAUCAAGAGAGAAGAACCAAUCUGGAACUGUAAAGGAUGUUUCUGCAUGUUCCACAUCCCUUGUAUCCAGAAGUGGGUGCGAGAGGGCGUCUACCAACAAGUAUAUCAGUCCGACAAGGAUAUUGGACCUACAUCGGCUCUACCCUGGUUUUGUAACCUGUCCUCCUGCCUUCCAGGGCCUUGUCCGCCAUGUCCACAGAUGGUCAAGUCCAAGUGUUACUGUGGACGCCAGCAGCCGCAGGUCAAGAGAUGCAGUGGGAGAGAGUGGGCGUGUGGUCAGCCAUGUGGCCACAAACUGUCUUGUGGACAACACAACUGUCAACAGCCCUGUCACCCAGGGGAAUGUCAGCCGUGUCCUAAGACAAGUGUUCAGAGUUGUCUGUGUGGGAAGAAGACCUCCACUCGACCAUGUGCCACCCCACAGUGGAAGUGUGACCAGCCAUGUGGCAAAGCUCUGCGAUGUGGCAAUCAUCUGUGCGAGGACAUCUGUCAUCAGGGAGCCUGUGGUGAUUGUCCAAGAUCGGGGAAGAGAAGAUGUCCUUGUGAAAAAACAGAGUAUGAACUCCCAUGUACCGAGGAUAUCCCGACGUGUGGCGAUACCUGCGGCAAGACUCUGAUGUGUGGGCAACACACCUGUACACAGCGAUGUCACCAGGGAGAGUGUGGAUCGUGUCGUCAGAUGACCUUGAAGCGCUGUCGGUGUGGGCAGAAGCAGAAGGAGGUCCUGUGUAGCAAGGAGUAUCUGUGCGACGUCAAGUGUUCCAUCAUGAGGGACUGUGGCAAGCACUACUGCAAGAGAAAGUGUUGUGAUGGAAGCUGCCCAACCUGUGAGCAGGUGUGUGGGAAGACGCUGCGAUGCCGCAACCACAAGUGUGCCAGCCGGUGUCACAGAGGCCCAUGUUACCCGUGCCCUCUGACAGUGACUGUGUCAUGUUUCUGCAAGUCCACGUCCAUCACAGUGCCGUGUGGGAGGGAGAAGGACAUGACACCACCCAAAUGCAACAAGAAAUGCCAGAUAGCCCCGAACUGCCACCACCCAACGCGAGACAAACAUCGAUGUCACUUUGACGAGUGCCCACCGUGUCAACAGAAGUGUCUACUGCCCCUACCGAAGUGUGAACACACGUGCCCAGUCAAAUGUCACGAUGCUGUCAAGGUCAAGGUGGAAGACCAGCGACCCCGAGCAGGCCCCUGGGAGGCUAGGCCUGCCUAUGUGAUACAGACAAUGAAGAAGCCCUGUCCCCCAUGCCAGGUUCCCAUACCUACAGAAUGCAUGGGUAAACACGAGGUGUCAAACAUUCCAUGUGCUGAAGUUGCACCAUAUUCCUGUGCACGGCCAUGUGAUCGUCAGCUGGCAUGUGGGAAUCACACAUGUCCCAUCCUGUGUCACAUCGUUACCGGAUCUGUGGACCAGCACACAGCAGGAGAGAACUGUGAGGCAUGUGAGAGACCAUGUGAGAGGGGCCGCCCGGUGGGAUGCAAGCACCCCUGUCGCCUCCCAUGUCACCCCGGUGAUUGUCCCAACUGUACGAGCAUGGUGCGGAUGAGAUGCCACUGUAAGGCCGUCGUCAAACACAUCCCCUGCCAUGACUGGACUGUCACCAUGAAGGACCAGCAAGACAAACUCCAGUCCUGUGUUGGACAGUGCACCAACACACUCUCAUGCGGCCACCAGUGUCCAUCAACGUGUCACAGCGGAGACUGCCCAAGUCCUGGCCAGUGUAAGAAGAAGGUGAUGGUGCUCUGUUCAUGCCGCCGCAAGAAGAAGGAGGUGAUCUGCAACACUGUGCGGCGACAAGAUGGAGGGGAGAAGGCUGUGUUAGACUGUGAUGAUGUGUGCUAGAAGACAAAGGAUGAGAAGAAAAAGAUGAAAGAGUCUGCUGAAAGGGAGAAGAAGGAGGAAGAAGAGAAGAAACAAAAGCAGGAGCUGGAAGAAUUUGAGAGGAAGAUGAAAGGCAGGAGGAAGAAGCGCAAGCAUCUGGAGGAAACUGUGGAAUUAACAUUUUGGGAGAAAAACAAAACAGUCAUUAUCAUUGUCUCCUCACUUGUCACAGUCUUUGUGGCAGUAUUCCUGUUGUGGCUGGGAGCUUCAUGAUGUAUGCUGAAAGACAAAAUGAACUUUUAAGUCUUUACUCUUAAUUUAUUGUUGAUCGUGUCUGCAGUAUCAGCUUUGAUAAUCAGGAUUGAGAAGAGUGUAUCUCUGUGCAGUCCUCUCGGCUGUAGCUUGUGUAGUCAAUAUUCACUGAAUAUGCUAAUUUAAAAUUUCAACUUUAAUUAUUGUGAGAAGGCAAUAUCAGCUAUUAGAUUCCCUUGGAUAUAUAAUACUCAAAACAAAGUAAAGGAUCAUCUAACUCUCUCAUGUUUUGAAAAAGGUUUGGCAUAUCAGUUUAACUGUAGUAAUUUGAAAAACUUGGAUGAUCCUUCACUUUUAGUAGUAGUUUAUGAGGGUUUUUAAUUCUUGCACAGGAAUAUGGAGAAUUAAGUUAAACGACAUUGUAUUCUACUUUGGUUGUAUAUUUACACACAUACUAAUAUUCCAGCUAUAUAGCAGUUAAUAGGCAGUGAUGGAUAAUGAGCAAUACAAUCACAGGCGAGCAAGCACAUCACAGAACCUGACCACCCGAUCCAGUUGAAUACUACUCUCUAUAGAAAAACACAGGACAACAGAUCUGUCCCUCAAAAUGUCAUGCAUCACUCCUGUCACAUGUCAAUUCAAAAUCGAACCAAUCAGCAACUGUUUUGUCAGUCCCUGCAUGAAUUGAAAAACUACAUAGUCAUGUCAAACUCACCAGUACCUCAAAUUUGUCCUCCACAUUAGAACAGAAAUUUUACAAUCAGAAAUUUGGAUUAGAAAAUCAAAUGUUUCUUGAGACAAUUGUUUGACAGUAAAAAAUUUACUUUAAUUUCUUUAUUUAGAUUCCGAUGAUUAUAAGAUUCUUGUGGUAUUUUGAGACAACCAAAAUUUUUUGUGCCGUCUGCUGCAUGAUACAAAAGUCACUCCCCCAUCCUUAAUGUCUGUGGUCACAGUAGGUGAAACUGUUUUGGUUUGCAUGAUAGACUUGCCUGAGCGCCUGAUUCUGUGCAAACACCCCAUCAGUGACGUAAAGCAUUACACUAAGGCUACACUGACAUGGCAGAAUAUGUUGUCUAUCAUUUUUUUAUCUUCUUCUUUUUUUUAAUUAGCUUUUUAUUACAGAAAUAUAUUAGAAUUGGUCCCCAGCGUUCAUUUGCUGGUUGUAAGAAGAAAUUAUAUUUGAUUGUGUGGUCGGACUGUGACUCAUCUCACCCUUCUUCAGAGACUCACAUCACUGCUCAUGUGUGGUCGGACUGUGACUCAUCUCACCCUUCUUCAGAGACUCACAUCACUGCUUCAGAGACUCACAUGCUCAUGUGGGACUGUGACUCAUCUCACCUUCUUCAGAGACUCACAUCACUGCUCAUGUGUGGUCGGACUGUGACUCAUCUCACCCUUCUUCAGAGACUCACAUCACUGCUCAUGUUUUACAGGUUUGACUGCUAAAACUUGGUUAUUUGCCGGGUGCCACAUAUAUAGCUGGAAUAUUACAAAUAACCAAAAUGGGGGUCUGAGUUAGUCUUGGUGGUGGUGGUAGUUGUUUCCAUUGAUCCACGUCUACAGUAUGGGCUGUUGGGAAGCCGAGUGGUUAAGGUGUUGAGCUGAAGAUCCACGUUCAAUUGUCCUCAUAAGUACUGUGUGUGAAUCCGAUUUGUCGUUUCCGCUGCGAUUGUUUCAUUGAAAUAUUUAAAAAAAAGUGCCAUGAAACCAUGCACACUCACUCCUCAUGUUGUGGAUCUACAUAGAAUGUUAAUCUGGCUGGAUUUAUCAAUACUGGAUCAUCAUACAGCUCAUGUCUGAAGUUGCAAGAUACACAAGUCACUGUCACACACUGAUUCACUCUCAUGCAGAGGAAUUUGAAGUUCUGAAAGGCUUCAGAUUCCAGUGGUUAACAUGAAUACAAUGGACUUGGGUAUUUUAAGCAUUUCAGUAUUCUGUAUUUACUUGGAACGAUGUGGGUAUAUGAGAAACCAUUUCAUUAUUGUAUGUAUUAUUGUUGGUGAAAGUCUGCCAUUUGUUAAGUUUGUUGAUGUCGUCUGAUUGUUAUGAGUUAUCAAAUUUAUCAGACCAAGUGACAUAAUUUAAUUUGAGUCAUUUAUUUUCAAGAGGUCUUUCCCAGGAAUCAUAUCCAUGUUCAUAUUUUAGCUGUUUAGUGGGGUGGUGGGGUAGCCUAGUGGUUAAAGCGUUCGCUCAUCACGCUGAAGACCGUGUUUGAUUCCCCACAUGGGUACAAUGUGUGAAACCCAUUUCUGGUGUUCCCCACCGUGAUAUUGCUGGAUCAUUGCUAAAAGUGGCGUAAGACUAAACUCACUCACUCAGCUGUUCAGUUGCAUUGAUGGUACAGUGGCUAUCCAGAAUUGUCUCCCUUCGGAAGGAUUAGCUGGCCUUGGGUCUGAAUCCUACCCCAAAAAAUUUCUUUGAUUUAUAUGGAUGAAUUUAAUUGUUUUCAGUUAUGAUGAUGAAAUAUAAUCAAAACUUUUCAAAUAAGCAUCAAUCAAAACUUUAUUCAACAGAGGUCAUUUUGAGUUUAGAACUCAAUAAAAGAUUAAUAUGGAUGAUUGUGAUCUACACUUGGUUCUUGUUGUUUAAGUGGUGUUAAGUUUGACAGUGUAAUAAGUGGAAUUAUUUGUUGUUAACUAUUAUUGUGAAUCACUUUUUAUAUGCAUUUGGUCCUUGCUGUGAAACAGUGAGGCCAUGUCUCCUACAUAUGUGUAUGUAUGGUUUAAACAUAUUUAUUUCCAAAAGAGGAACCGGAUUGGUAAACAAGCAGUAUGGUGCUUAUCUGAAUACUGUGUAUGUAUAUUAGAAGUACACUUGUUGUCCUCACUGGUAGCUUGUCACUUUGCUUAUUGGCCGUAACAUGCUUACUUACAAUUCAAAAUUUUACAAUCUCCGUGAUCAAUGGAGUAGUCACCAUGUUCAGGGAUUGAAGACAGCAUAUUUAGCUGUGUGACUCAAUAGAGCCAGCUUCAGUCGUUAUUCCUAAUGAUUGCUUUCUAAAUUGAGAGAGUAGGGGCGGGACAUUUUGUAUUUUGUUGUAGAGGUUAUUCUUCCACAAAGUGAUUGUAAAAUAAUGUGAAUUGUAUUUUUAUGACACUUUAGGGACAGGUCAUGUGAGACAAGAAUCGAUAUAAACUAGUCUAAUAUAGACAGCCUGUUUCUGGAUGCACGCAAAAUUAAGUUAAAUGAACACUUAAGAACAAAAUAAUCAACUUUUAGACUCAACUUUGUCAUCAGUUUGGUUGAAGUUGAUGAAUGAUAAGAAGGUAAGAUACUUUAUGGAUGACAACUUUCUUUUUUCAAAUAUUUUGAUGCAACAUUUCGGCACAGGUUCUUGUACACCCACGCUUGACAAUGGCAUAAGAUCCUAUCCCGAAACAUCACAUCAUUAUAUAAUAAAGAAGUUGUCUCCCUUUCUUACCUCCCUUGUCAGGUGUCCAUUAGAGCCAUGAAUGGCCAAGUCAUCCUCAAUAUGUAUGUAUGUCCACGCCAUGUGGUGGUCCUGUAGGUCACAAAACAGUUGAAGUUAAGCAAUGUUGGUCACGUAGAGUCCUUUGAUUGGUGACCAUGUUGACAGCUUGACUCUUGAGAGUUUCUAGGACUUCUGUCAUGCCACACAACGAAGCACGUAUGUGGACUCACCUUAGGCAAGAGAGUUUGUUAAAAAUUGCCUCUGUCGCCAUACAGCUGGCAUAUUGCUGAGUGUGGUGUAAAACUAAAGUCACUCACUCAAACUCAAAAUUGACCGAGCUUACCCAGCAGAAAAUGGGUACCUGGCAGGAUAAGUCAUAUGACUCUUAACCUUCUAGCGCCUCACAGGUAGGUUGGGUUUAGCUGGGAUAAAAAUGUCCAUGUUGAAUGCGCCUAGAGCAUGUCUCUGCGGCUUGGAGUUCAGCGCUAUAUAAGUUGCCAUAUUAUUAUUAUCAAUAUCACUGAGAAGACUUGUAACUCAACUAACUUCCUCCCAAAAUAAGCUGAUGCUGGUAAAAUAGACACCGCUUGUGAAUUUCUUGCAGGUACUGUAUGUCCAACUGGUAAACUGAUGGGCUGAUUCUCUAGCCAGUAUAGCUGUCCACUGCCUGCUGUAAUUGAUUAUUAUGUUAUCUGAAUGAUUCAUGAUAAUAAAAUUGUGUUCAUCUGA